GAGCUCCAGCCCCGCGGGGGGUAGGCGGCAGCGGGAUGGGGGAGCAGGGUAUCCCCUCGCCGGCUGACGCGACGGGGCAGGGAGGAGCGAGGAACGGCCCGGGGGGGGGGGGGGGCGGAUUUCCCACAGGGUCCUGACCGCCCGCUGAAACCCCCGCCUCCCCGCACGGUGCGGGCAGUGUGUGCGGGCCCACAGCGGCAGCCCGUCUGUGCGGCGCGGCACGGCACAGCUCGGCCGCCUCCUUGGGCUGGGUCAGCUGGAGACCGGCUGCACGUCGGUAUGUCCGCCGCCAGGCCAGCGCUGAGCGCCGGGGUGCGAGCGCCGGGGUGCCAGCGCCGCGGCCGUGCUACGCGCUCAGGUCACGCAGGCUCUAGGGCCACACAGAACGAGGGCGCGGGUGGCGGGACCCCCGGGCGGCGGGUGAGCGCAGGCCUGGCGCCGGGCUGCGCUGAGGGGACUGCGGGGAGAUAGGCGCCCCGGGUCGCGCCUGACGCGGCCUUCGCCCUUAGCCGGGGCUGGGGGGCCCGACGGCCCGGGUUGGGGCAGCAGGCCGUGUCCGCGGCGCGGCCGCAGGGCAGCGAGCGGAGCCGUCGUCUUGGGAGGUUGCAGAGGCUGAAUUUACUGGAAGUUACAGUACAGUUACAACAACUAUUCCAAGCAACACUUUCAGAAGUUUAAUUGUUAAAAAUCUACAUGGCUACGAAAGAGAAACAAUAAAAAUAUUUGUGAUGUUACUUCAUUUCUGAUGCGGAAAAGGAAAAUGAAUGAACACUGUCCGGAGGGGAAAGGAAGCAACACUGUCUAUUAAAACAGAAAUAAGGGUUUAUUUCGAUUUCUGAUCUGCUUAAAUGCUUAAGCUAAGCAGAGAUGGAAUUUCUAGUCAAUACAAAGAAUUGACUUCUGGAUCCUAACCCUCACUCGCAAUAAUUUGAAAUUAUUUUAAGAUUUGUUGCAAGAAACACAGAGGGCUGUUCUACAUAAUGGUAUCAUUAAACCUCUGAGUAAUACUGACUGCAGUGUAAUUAAAUUCAAAAUCCUUUUCAGAAGACUCACAAGUGAAUUCUCACUAUUUUGAAAAUUGACUGUAAACUUUGGAGAAGGGGACUUUAGAAAGGAGAAGCUAAUCAAGAUGUUCUGAAAGCUAGAGAUGAGGAAAUUAAAACUUUUCACUCAGCACGGAGACCAUGAGUACAUCCUGAUAGUUGCAGAAGCCAUGCAUCUGCUUUCCACCCCCAAAGAAGAAAGCAAAAACAUGAGAAAAAAAAGUGAUUAAAUGGCAGAGCUUAAAGGGCAGAAGCCGAGUGUAAAGUAAUACAAAUGCAGUGGUGGAAGUUCAGGGAGCCUGUGCAAGACAUAUCACACUAACAUGCCGUGCUUUGGAACUGCUUUGAAGUGUCAUCAUCCUUGUCAAGAUCUGGAAGUGCAGCUCAGGAUAUGGUAGUGCCCACAAAUCAAUAGCAGGCUGAAGAGAUGGUUUUGACAGGAAGCUUGAAAUCUCUCCUUCCCCAUGUGCUGAGAAGAAUAAUUCGAUGCAACAGACUCAGUAUUAGUAAUACUUCAGGAAUGGCGGAGGACCAUCUAAAGAAAUCUAUACAGAGAAGUUACUGUUUCACAAACAAAAAGCUGAAUUAUAACCAGUCACUCCUACCUUCCACAAUUUCAGGCUAUAAACAGGCCAAUGUCGUGAUUUUGCACAAGUCCUUGGCUGAUGACUUUGAGAAGUUUUGCCAUGCAAACGAUGGACCCCUGCCGCUGCUGUACAGAAGUAAACCGGGUGAUUGGAAAUGUCCUUCUCUGAGCGGUGAUUCUGAUAUCAGAACUGACUGCCUACAGUACAGAAUGUAUGAGUAUGGAGCUUGUACUGGAUCCCUGAAAAGCCUAAUGGAGUAUUCUGAACAACUUAAGGACAUGGUGACUUUUUAUUUAGGCUGCAGCUUCUCUUUUGAAAAAGCAGUCCAAAAUGCUGGCAUUCCCAUCAGAAAUGUUGAGCAAAAAUGUAAUGUAAGCAUGUAUAAGACAGCUGUGCCUUGCUACCGUGUUUCUGCUUUUUGCUGCAACUUAGUAGUCACAAUGAGACCUAUUCCUGAAAGCAAGUUGGAAGCAGCUGUGCAAGCAACAUCUGAAUUAAAAGAAGCCCAUGGAGCACCAAUUCACAUGGGUGACCCUGGUCUGCUGGGAAUACAAGAUCAUUCCAAACCAGAUUAUGGAGAUCCAGUUCACCUUCACCCCGGUGAUAUUCCAGUGUUUUGGGCCUGUGGAGUAACAGGAGUAGAAGCAAUCAUCAGCUGUAGAGCUCCGUUAGCUUUUACUCAUUCUCCUGGCUGCAUGUUCAUUACUGACCUAAAGAAUGACAACGUUGCAGUCAGAUCCUCAAGAGAAACCCCCGAAGUCCACUGCAUUUCUCAAGAUCCUCUGCAUUAUAGUUUAGUAUCAGCAGAAGCAGCCCAAAAGAUAAAGACUCUAGAGACCCUAAUUGGAAUAGAUCCAGGAGACCGGGGUAUAAUUCAUCUACACCGCCAGGACGAGCUGCUGAAGGCUUGCCUGUCUAUCUCCCAUGCUCGGUCUGUGCUGAUAACAACUGGAUUUCCUACCCACUUCACUUACGAGCCGCCAGAAGAGAAUGACGGGCCCCCAGGAGCCCUCGCUAUUGCAGCCAUGUUGCAGGCCUUGGAGAAAGAGGUUGCCAUAGUAACCGAUCAGAGAGCCAUGAAUCUGAAUAAAAAGAUUAUUGAAGAGGCUGUUCAACUAGGAAUCCUGAAGAGACCUGUCCCUCUAUUGAGUUUUCAAAGGGAAAGUGCUGAUUCAGCUUUAAUGUUUUUGUGCGAGAAUGGGAAUCCUGGAAGACCUAGAUUUGAUCACCUGAUAGCAAUAGAGCGUGCUGGGAUGGCUGCUGAUGGCAAUUAUUACAAUGCCAGGAAAGUUAACAUUAAACAUCUCGUGGAUCCUAUAGAUGAACUAUUUUUGGCUGCACGAACCAUUCCAGGAGUCACAACAACAGGUGUCGGAGAUGGAGGAAAUGAAUUAGGAAUGGGCAAAGUAAAAGAUGCUGUAAAGAAGCACAUAAAAAAUGGAGAUGUUAUAGCUUGUGAUGUUGAAGCUGAUUUUACUGUCAUAGCUGGGGUCUCUAACUGGGGAGGCUAUGCCAUUGCUUGUGCUCUGUAUAUUCUCAGCACCUGUGAAAUACAUGACCGCUAUCUGAGGAAAGCUGUUGGGUUUCCACAGUUAUCAAAGAAGAUGGUCUGGCUAUCAGCACUUCCAUCGGUUACCAAGGAAGAAAAGCUUCUGAAAACACUUGUGCGGCACAGGGUCCGCAGUGGAAAAACUGCCAGCCUAGAAAUGGAAGUGGACGGGCUGCCCUUCUACAACACCCAUUCGCUUAUGAUUGAAAAUCUGCUGCGAGAAGCACAGCACUGACUGCCCCAAAUGAUUUCGAUAUCAAGAAUUGCUCCCAUGUUAUUUCUUUAUUUCCUAGGCUCUCACAAGGUAUAAAAGGUCAGAAAGAGAUGACUUUUCAUCUCUGGUGUCUUGGCCGCACACAACCUUUCAUUGUUACCCUUACAACAUCUCUGUGAAGCGAGAAGGGGAUAUCAUCAUGCUGAUUUGGUCUAGCUUUCUUUCUGUAAUUUUAUAAUGGAUAUUAAAUGAUACUAUAUACUAAGAGGUAAUCUGGCUUUUACAAAGAAAGCUUGUCAUUAAAAUGAAAUAUUAUUUCAUUGCUGUUCCUGUUUUACUAACCUCAUAACUGCAACAGGAAGUAACCCCUACAGCAACUUGGAUUUGAAAAUACAUUGUGGUGGGGAAAAAAGCUGCGGUGGAGAGGGGAGGUUCAAACAAAAAAACCCCAGAAAGUGUUACAGUAGCGACAGUUGUUAAAUACAGCCCCCCUGCACACCUCCUGUAGGCUCUCUUCUUACGGUGGUAGAUAGUUUGUGGACGAGAAGUGGAGAGCUAACUGAGCUAAUGAAACUAAGAGCAGCAUUGCAGACAUUCUGUGUAAAGGGCAGGCUAUACCCUUUGCCUCCUUCGUAUUAGUACUUUACCAUUUCAAUAUUUUGUCCCUUUCAGGUAACACAGAGAGGUUGUAGGCAUUUCAGGGUACCCUGUUGUUAAGAAUAAAUGAAUUAAACACAUAAAUAGUGAUUAAAAAUUAAUGCUUAGAAAUUAAAACAUCAUUAGAAAUAAAAAAAAUUUGCAUUCAGUAUGAAAUGAAAUUAUGUAAAUGAACAUUUAGAUUAAUUCCAGUUAUAGAAACUCAGCUCCUGACAAGGCUGAGUGAAGCAAAAUUAAAUUAUAUCUCAAAGGCCUCCUAACGCCGAACCAGUACAUGACAAAUGGUUGUGAAUUGUGCCUGACUUUUGCCAUUUAAAGCUGUGAUUUUACUUCAACUCCAGAAGAUUGUCAGGGCUGAAGUUCUGCUAGUUGUCAGCUCUCACAGCAGAGAGGACAGGGUAUAUUUGACACUGCAUCUCACAGGCACUGAUGCUUUAGCUGCCAUACAAUGAUUAUAAUGGUACAAAAGGCGAGCAUCAAAACAGUGUGCUUUAGCAGGAUGAGAGCGGCAGUUCAGUUUAGCCACUGCUUUUUUCAAAGGACAAUGGACUUCCAGCAGCCAGCGACACCUGGUAUCUACUUUUCUUUCUGGCAACCUGCCAGGUCAUGGGAGUCCAAGCAUUUGGCUCAGUGUGUAACAACCCAGAAGCAUGGCAUUAUGGCCGUCAGGAGUCACUGCCUUACGGCUCUGUUGAUGCAGACAGGAGAUCACAGGAAAGAUUAGGAGAAAGUAAAGCUAAACAGCACUGAUAGAAGAAAAAAUACAUGUAUAAGACAGAACUCCAGCCUCUGUUUUGGCAGAAGUAUUCUCGGGGAUCUCAGAUACCUUCAGUCAUGAAAGUCAUGAAACAGGCCAACAGAAGCUCAUCUCUCAAAACUUCUAACUUUGUUGUCCAAUGCAACUUGUGUGAAAGACUGGUCAAGCCUAGCACAGGGCCAGUUCUGCUCUCCUCCUCUCGCUCUCAUGCAGCUCCUUUGGGGGUUGAGAGACUGACCCUCUCAACUGUGGGUGACACAAUAGUUAUUACGGAUAAAUCAAGCACAGCAGGAGAAAUGCUGCUUAAGGGACCCAGUCACAGAUACCUAUGGUUCAGUUUGUACAAAGAGACUGCCAUAACCUUCCCACAGAAUAAUGACAGUAACGUUAGCAGCGCAGACGUGUACAGCAGAAAUUACUUGCUAAAGUUAUGUACUAAUUCCCCAAAGGAAAAUGUUACUGUUACUUAGGGGCCAUUACCUCUCCUGUAACAAUCCAGUGCACUAUGCAUUUCUCAAUGGCUUCAUAACCAUCACACAGCUUUUCUGUCUACAGGAGACCAGGUUCCACACCUGCAAGGACAGCGCACAGGAUCUUUGCUGAAGCAGGUUUGAUAACCUACUUACCCCGCCUUUUCCAAUCCAGGCCAAGUACAGUUGUAUUUGAGUUUGUAUUUGAUACCAUUUACCUCUGUAUAAUAAUUUGGUUUUACAUGUAAGAGUUUGCCUGUACAGGAUGAUUGGCACACCUAAUUAUAGUCUAAAAUGCCUAAAAAUCUGAGAUCUAUCAUCUAAUCUACCGACUAAAAGUGUGCAGUCAGUGUCCAGCUCCUGCUGGCGAGGCCAAAUAGUAAUUCAAAAGCUGUUGACAACUUUGAAAAAUCAGACCUGUCUUUAUAUGUCUAACAUAGUUCAAUGGUGCUAAGUUUUGUUCAUUGUUACCCAGUGAGUCAAUAUGGAUCGCAGUAUGAGAAAAAGCAGAUGUACUCUACAGUUGCACUGUUUUUUGAAAAAUGUUUCUUUUCCUCUAAAAACUUAAACUGUUUUUGUUAAAUUAUGUUUAUGUCAAGGAGAA